GCACUGAAACCUUUAAUGAUGUGAAACUUUGAUAAUUUUUUUUAAAGUGUGAAUCCAGAGGUUGCUGCGAUGCUGUGGUUCUGUAGUGGGUAUCGAAGGUUUCUGUUCUAGUGUUAAUGUUGCUGCUGAACCCUGAUUUGUCACCAGUCUUUGAGGAUCACUUUCUUAAGUCAGUUUGACUUAAAUUUUAAGUCUUCAACAUGGACAACAAGGGCCAGAGUGGCACCUUUAAACGGGCCUCCUUGAAACGCUCCACAUCUGGCUCCCAGAAGGCACAAAAAGCUUGGAUUGAGAGGAACUUUCUUAAAAGAGAAUGCAUUCACAUAUUUCCCACCAAGGACCCGACCAGAUGUGCCUGUGGUCAGCUGACGACGCAGCACGCGGCCAUCCCUCCUGGUGCCAACUCAGUAGAGGAAACGAACCAGCUGGUGCAGAUUGACACCCCAAAGGAUAAAUGGAGUGUGAUCAAGCACACCAGGACCUACCCAACGGACGCCUUCGGCUUAAUCGAGUUCCAGGGUGGGGGAUUCAUCAACAAGGCCAUGUAUAUCCGAGUCUCCUAUGAGACCAAGCCUGACAACCUCCUGCAUUUAAUGGUGAAGGACUGGCAGUUGGAGCUGCCCACCUUGCUCAUCUCCGUACAUGGCGGUCUCCAGAACUUUGACCUCCAGCCCAAACUGAAGCAAGUGUUUGGCAAAGGCCUGAUCAAAGCUGCUGUUACCACUGGAGCUUGGAUCUUUACGGGUGGAGUCAACACAGGGGUGAUCCGUCAUGUUGGGGAUGCCUUAAAGGAACAUUCUUCCAAAUCACGAGGAAAGGUGUGCGCAAUCGGAAUUGCUCCAUGGGGGAUCCUGGAAAACAAGGAGGAUCUCAUUGGAAAAGAUGUGAACAGACCCUAUCAGACAAUGGCAAACCCACUGAGCAAGCUGGCUGUGCUCAACAAUAGCCACUCGCACUUCAUCUUGACCGACAACGGCACCUGUGGGAAGUACGGCUCUGAGGUCAAACUCCGUCGGCUGCUGGAGAAGCACAUCUCCCUGCAGAAGAUCAACACGCGUUUGGGCCAGGGGGUUCCUCUAGUGUGUCUGAUAGUGGAGGGAGGUCCUAAUGUGAUCUCCAUUGCACUGGAGAGUCUGAGAGAUGACCCUCCUAUCCCUGUGGUAGUGUGUGACGGAAGCGGCCGGGCUUCUGACAUAAUUUCCUUCGCACACAAGUUCUCAGAGGACGGCGGCCUGGUAAAUGAUGAUGUCAGAGAGCAACUUUUGGUGACUAUUCAGAAGACUUUCAAUUAUACCAAAAGCCAAUCGCAGCAGAUCCUCCUCAUGGUUAUGGAGUGCAUGAAGAAAAGGGAACUGGUGAGUAGAAGAAUAAAGGGAGUCAAAACCCUCAUAAAAGUGAAAAAUAAGAUCCUGCACAUAUUUCACAAUCAUCUUGUAUUUGAAAAUAACAUUUCUGUGUCAAUCAAUAAAUAUUUCUGAGUUGAAACA